AUGAAAGCAAACCCUGCGAUCACCAACACAGACCAGCACUCUCAACCACAAGAAAUGGGUGAAGGGUUUUCAGAUGGUACAGAUGGUACAGACGGUGCUGCAAAUGAUCAAAGUCAAGCCGGUCAAAAUUCCUUCUACCCAUCCUAUUCGUCGUACCAAAAUCAACCUCUAGGACACUCAAGACCAUUCUAUUACAGUCAGCAAGAAGCCGCGUAUAGCCAGAGACCGUACCAUUCUGGGUUCGAUCAAAAUGCCAGAUUCAGUGGUUAUAAAGACUUCAACCCAGCACCAAAAACCGAGCAAGCAGGACUGCUGGGUUCAGGAAAUUUCGGUGUUAUUCCAGGAGGAACCUUUUACGGAGACAAUGAUGAGAAUUCCAACUAUGCUGACUACGAUAACUACUACUAUAAUGGUCAUGGCCGUCCUCAGUAUUAUUUAUCAGCCCAAUCAAAUCCGAAACCCUACACCCACGAGCAAUUCGCUAAUUUCAGAGAUUUCGCUGAUAUAAACACCCCCGACAGACAGUAUUCACAGUACGUAGUCGUAUACGCUCCUACGAACAAGAACAAGACUGAAGAUGGUGAAGGGAAUGACGGGAAAACAAACCAAAUUCAACAAAAGCCAGUGACAGUUCCAAGGAAUAUAAUAGAAAGUCUAACGUUACUAGACAUGCAGGGACCAUCGACUACAGCAACAGUACCAGAGAAGAAGAUUUCGAAAUCCAAACGAAAGCUCGCCCUGCUACCACCCGUAAAGAAACAUCUUCAAAAAAGGCUGAUGAAAAUGAGAGAUCAAGAAGAACCUUUGAUGGCGUUAAGUUAG